AUGGUCUUCACAGAACCAGCUCCAGGCCGUUCGUGCUUGCCUUCUGCAAGGUGUUGCUUUCACCCCGCCCGACAUGUUUCAACCGGCCCAGAGCGAGAGCGCUUCACGAGCAAAUGGCACUUGAGGAACACGCGAAUCUCCAAGGUUCGGCGCGUCCGUCGAAAGGACUCGGACAACGAUCCAGCACUCGGACUACUGGCAGAAGGCAGCAAUGCACGUGCACGAGGACUCGGACGUCUUCAAGGUGGUCGUUCCAAACCUGGACCUCGCAAGCCGGCUGUGGACAUCCGCCGAAGUCAAGAAGACGAAGGUAUUUCGCCAUGCCACCAGCCCAGCACAGGGACGACCCAAGUCGAGUAUGGCAUUGGCACCACACCCAACAGGCAGACAUCCGCAUGUCGGAUUGUAGCGAAGUGGGUAGCAGUGAUUCUGAUAGGGAUUGUCACUGGCUUGGUGGCAUCUGCAAUUGACUAUGGCAUUGAAUUCUUUACAAAAUUCCGAUUCGGCUUAAUGGAAGACCUGGUCAAAGCAGGGACAAGGCCGUGGCUGCUGAUGGUUAUUCAUGUUGUGUUCUGCACCUGCCUUGCUUCUAUAGCUGGAGCUCUGGUCUGUUUUGUCUCACCUCUGGCAGCUGGCAGCGGCAUUCCUGAAGUCAAAUGUCGGUUGAACGGGAUAGAUUUACCACUUGUUGUGAAAUCACGGACACUUCUGGCGAAGGCCUGCGGGGUCCUUUUCAGUGUUUCUGCGGGGCUCCCUUGUGGCAAGGAGGGUCCCAUGAUUCACAGCGGUGCAAUUAUCGGGGCAUUGUUCUCACAGUACGUUGUCUUGGGGUCCAACAUGCUCCGAGAUAUUGAACUACGAGAUUUGAUUACAGCCGGUGGUGCAGCAGGAGUGGCCGCCGCUUUUGGUGCUCCGAUAGGUGGAAUGCUCUUUGCCUUGGAGGAGGGCUCAUCAUUUUGGAACGGAACGGUCCUUCUGCAGGCUUUGCUUUGCUCGUCUGCGUCUGCCCUGACUUUGACCUUGUUUUUAGGGGGCUUCGACUCGAUUGGAUUUGGCACGCUUGGUGCACUUGGAGUCCUCACCUUUGGUGAUUAUUUCGAGGGUGCAAAGACGAGUUAUCACAUUUGGGAGCUGCCGUUCUUUGUGACUCUCGGACUUCUUGGUGGCCUCGUCGGGGCCGGCUUCAAUGCGCUGAACAUUCCAUUAACACUCUGGCGAAUACGCCGAGUCAGGGCUUCAGGUUGGACUCGGUUUCUGGAAGUGCUGCUGGUAUCUGCUUGCAUCGCUGCAGUGUUCUUCGUACCCGCCAUGCUCUCACGGAAGUGCUACGUCACGGGUGUGGAGCACGGAUCCCACAAGCCUGGUGAACUUGACUUAAUUUGCAAGGACACCUUAGCUGGCCGAACCGGCCUCGGUCUGUUUGUAACACCCAGCGAGGAUGCCAUAAAAGUCCUGUUUCACGAUCCGCAUAUGUAUGACCCUGGACUGCUCAGCCUCUUCGGAAUCAUCUAUUUUCUGCUGGCUUGUUGGACCUACGGCCUCGGCGUUCCAAGUGGGCUCUUUGUGCCUUCUCUCCUCGUUGGUGCCGUGCUUGGGCGCCUCGUUGGACAAAGUCUGCAGCUGCUCAGUAGCAGAGUUGCACCACCGGGAAUGUAUGCACUUGUGGGUGCAGGAGCGACCUUAGCGGGAAUGGCCCGUAUCACGGUGUCCUUGGGCGUCAUUCUGAUUGAGGCUACGGGGAACACGCAGUACAGCCUGCCGAUUCUUUUUGCAGUCAUUGUUGCGCGCAGUGUCGGGAAUCUUUUCAACGAAGGGAUUUAUGAUAUCCACAUACAGCUAAAGCACAUCCCAUUCUUACCUGCUGAUGCCGCACAUGGGAGCCAUGCCCUGGUGUCCCGCAUAAUGACUGCCGAUGUUGCAACUGUUGGCAGCGUAGAAAGCGUGACUCGCUUGGAGCGUAUCUUGGAGACCUCACACAAUGCUUUCCCCGUGGUAGAACCAGGUACAUCGCAGUACUGCGGAAUGCUUAGCCGUUCAGCUUUGUUGAAGCUGUUGCAGAGAGUUAGCUGCCCUUUGGACCAAUCCGAAGCUAUGCCUUCGCGCGGAAGUUCUUUGCUUGGGCCACAGACAGAAGUGGAUCUGAACCCGUACAUAAAUGCCGGAGCCUACACCAUUGAAGACACUGCUACUGUCCGCCGUGCCUACGUGCUGUUUCGAACGAUGGGUUUGAGGCAUUUGCCCGUUGUCCGAGGUGGUUGCAAGCUUUGCGGAAUUCUCACAAGGAAAGACUUUCUAGAGCGUGUCGGAGGCAAUGCCUUUGGACAGGUUCUGUCUCUGUUGCUAGCUUUGUGGCUCGGAAGAUUCGUGCUCGAAAUGAACCUUUUUGGGACUGAGGGCACAUACUAUGUGAGCAGUCGCUCAGUUGUUGCUACAACUGUUACACAAGGAGGGCGAGCAACAACCAACAUUCAAGAGAAUGCAGAGAUACGCACCAAUCUGUGGAAUCCGGCAUCGAACAAAACGUGA